AUCGCUAGUACAGGGCCGCCAGAGAAGCUCCUGGUGAUUGGGAAACACGCAUCCACCUUCACCACAAAUGCCGUACUUGUCAGAGUAAGAGUCGGUCGCAUUCCAUACACUGGCAUGCCAGUAUCGCUUGCCAUUUACGGUAUUAACCAGACCUGUUCCCUAUGGUACUUGUUUGCGGCUUGGCCCGUCAACUGCUCUGCCUCAAGCGCACAGAUAUCGACCAGGCGCACGAGCUUCCCUGUGCCCGACCAAAGCGCAACUCUCUGAACCCUCACCACUUCAACAUCGACAACUUCCAGCCCACGGCCAAGGUCACGCUGGCCCCACUCAUGCCACCCAAGCGCAAGACGACAGAUGACGGCACAGCCACGGGUCACUCCGAGAAGAAGACGAGGGCUGUCAGGAAAGGCAAAAGUACUGUAUCUAGCAACGAUCUAGUAUACAGCUCCCAGCAAAAGGCUGCCAUUCAGCAAUUCAUGAAUUUCACCCAGCUCGACCGAAACUCAGCCAUAAGGGCGCUGAAGAGCUAUGGCUGGGACGCGCAGAGCGCCGUAAACGCGUAUGUAUAACUCUCUUUUGCUUUUUUCCACCACCCCAUGCAUGGUUGUUGUGAACCACCUAUACGCAUGAGCACAACAUAGUACACAUGCAGCUAUGACCGAAAUGUGAAUCGGACCACCCUGCAUUUGUCGGUUCAAAGUGGCAACAGACCUAAAGAGAGGUGGCACAACCGCCAA